AUGUCGAGAAAUAGUAAGGAAAGAUGGGAGGAGUCGGGGAGCGUGGGGGUUAGUGAGAGCGCGAGUCGGAGGGGAAAGAGGAGGAAGUGGAAGAAGAAACGUGAUCGCAGCAAGAACAACACCGCGUCCAAGACAAAGAAAGCUACCACUGCCUCCGAGCCUGGACCAGAUCUCUCCGGCAGCGACCUCAACCCUCCGGACUUCCUAAUCCAGCGUUCUGUCAGGCUUGUUAAGGCAUGGCUCCUGGGCUGCGAGGAAGCCAUAGCUGUUGACUUCGAGAGCCCGGAAACACGAUCUAUGGUUUCCUUCAUUGGGGGAGGGAUCGUUGACCGCCCUAGGCUCGAUGUCAACGCGUACAAGCCGAAGACCAACACAACCCAGACGUCAAAGUUCAACAUCAAGUCUUCCCUGAAACCAAGAUCCUCUCGCUCUGGAGCUCCUUUUGAGCAGCCGAAGUUACGAGAUUGUUUGUAUGACAAGCCUUGUCAGGCUUUGAACAAGGAAUCGGUGGAGCAUCUGAACAAAAGCGCGUCUGGCAAGGGACUGAGAUUUGGGAGCUUCCGAAAGCUUUUUUGUGGAAAGAAGGGUGCAAGUAAGGAUGAAAAAGGGACAAAUUCGGGUCUGCCUCGAGAAAGCCAUUCUGAGGACGGAGUGUAUGAGGACUCGGAGCUUUUCGUGAUUGAGGGUCGAAGCCUGGGGUUGAGUGCUUCACUCGAAGCAAUUGUCCGGCUGGGUGAGGAAAGAAGUACCAAGCCAAGCUCCGUAUCCGAAAGUGAUGUCAACUACCGUCUUUGUGAAGAAAAAAGCAGGCAAUGCUCGCUGUUAGAUAGCGAUGUCGGACAUUCUUACAUUAGGGCCAAGAGCAAACCUAGCUCGGUGUCCAAACAUCCUUUCGAACAUUCGAAUGGCAGAGAUAAGAGUGAACGCAGCUCCAUGUUUGAAAGCGGUCCUCGACAAUCACAUAGCAGAGACAACAUCACUCAUCAGAUCGUCUUUCACACAAGACAAAAACACAAGACAACCUCAACCUCGACAUCAACCAUGUCUUCACCACCUCUCAGCCGGGAAUCCAGCUUCAACAUCGGCUCCACCAUGGAGCAACCGAUGUCCCAGAGGGAACUGGAAGAGCGAGAAAGACUCGGGCCCGGGAUGGAUCGAGCGCCCUCGCCUUUCCCUUUCAAGCCAAGUACUCCUCGACCAAUCCAAACAGAACGGGUUCGAUCUUGGGCCUCAAUUCCACUGCGACGAAAGCCAUCAGUCGAGGACUUCAGACCCGUCACACCCGAGCCGGUUGACAGGAAAGCUUCACCAUUGAUCCUCAGCUCGGCCAUUAGAAACAAGUCAGCUUUGCCAAUUCGAGAGCCAGGCGAGUUCGCGAGGGGAAAGGUGGCGAUUCCAGGGGUUACGGGACAAGGUAUUCAAGCUUUUGCGACCAAUCGAGAGAGAAGAGGACCUGAUCGGGUUUUUGGUGGCACAGGAGAGUUUGGUCGUGCUGAAGGUCAGACGGGGGUUCUUGACGAGCAAAUGGACGUCUUCACUAGGAAUCGGGAGAGGAGACGGGCGGAGAGGCACUCAGCUGGUCGAGCCAUGGAGGUUGGGUCGGCAGGUGGAAUGAUUUCAGGUGGACAGAAGAAGGUCGCGAGGAAGGUCGCGAGGAGUUCGGGUGCUUCUGCUGGACAGAAGAAGGGGCACGAGGGUGAAGGACAGAGGGGUUUCAAUGUCGAGGAAGAACCGGUUGCUUCUGGAGCUGCUUGGGAAAGACGGAUCAAGAAGGGGCAGUUGCCAGCCAAGAAGUCACCAAAUGAAAAGUAUCGCCAGGAGGAAAGAGCGAAGUACUGGAGUCCGAAGUGA